AGCAGACCGCACCGCUCGUGCCGUGUACACGCCGCAGACGCUGCACCACCGUGCGACGCAGCUUCCGCCCGCCGCGGGACCAGCAUGAAAGUGCGCUGACCGAUGCGGGACUCCCAGCACUACGUCAUCAUGGGAACAGAUGAAGGCUGCGGUGACGUCAUGACGGCGGAGGAAAAGGCGGCGGAAAUGAGGGAAGAGCUGGGAGACUGCAAGCUGCCCCAGUCGACCGUCAAGUCGGAGAAAACCUCCACCACGGGCCUGCGGUGCGCCGCCCCCGCCUGCUUCUGCCCUUCCUUCUGCCCCGGCCAGGAGGUGAUGCGGUCCUGCGACUCCUGCGGGCACGGCUGGCUGUCCCACGCGCUGCCGCAGCUGCCGCACCAGAGCGACGUGGAACACGCGGCCUCGCUGGUGCUCUACGGCUGCCAGGCGCUGCCUAUCCGGCUCAAGAUCCUGCUGGACAGGCUCUUCUCCAGUGUCGGCCGUCGACAGCUAGCCCAGCUGCUACUCCAGUUCGGCUGGACGCUCGACGACUACGCUCGCGGCUACAUCGUCCGGGACGCGUGCGGCGAGCGGCUGGACUCGUGGCAGAUGUGCUCGGCCGAGGAGGAGUCGGCGCUGGUGCGCGCGUGCGUGCGCUUCGCGGACACGCACUCGCUGGCGCUGCAGCUGCUGGCGGCGUGCGACGGGCCGCCGCCCCACGCGGGGGUGGGCGCCGCCGCCCACCACACGGCGCACGCGCUGCCGCCCUCGCCCGCCAGGACGUCGCCGCCCGCCUCCCCGCCCCAUGCCGCCCCCGGCAAGGUGCGGCUGCCGCCGCUGGAAGUCCUGCAGGAUGCCGCCCCAUCACCUCUGCUGGCCGCUUCCCCCUCGCCGUCGACGUCUGCGUCGCUGUGGCCGGGAGCGCGCGGCAGCUCCACCCCCGCCGUCUUGGCGUCGCCCGGCGCCAGCAUUUCCGACGGCGGAUCCUCGGAAGAGUGUAACGGCGCUUACGAGACUGCGCUCGACCUGAGCCGGGAUGGCUGCUCACCGAGGCCAAAGUCAGGCUCCGGGAAAAUGGGCAAGGCGUCCGGCUGGAACUCCAGGAGCGGAGGCGUGAGUGCGCUGGAGAUGCAGUCUGGCGGUUCCCAGGGGAAGCCUGCGCUGGGCAAGAAGCGAGUCCAGUGCAACGUCUGCCUCAAGACCUUCUGCGACAAGGGCGCGCUCAAGAUACACUUCUCGGCUGUCCACCUCCGUGAGAUGCACAAGUGCACGGUGGAGGGCUGCAACAUGAUGUUCAGCUCGCGGCGGUCGCGCAACCGCCACAGCGCCAACCCCAACCCCAAGCUGCACCAGCUGCAGUUCCGGCGCGCCGACCUCGCCGUGCGAUACCCCAGCCGCUCUCCCGCCGACGCCUCGCCGGCCGGACUCGGCGCUGCCAGCGCCGUCGACGUCGGCGUGGGUGGCGUCAGCGCGGAAGACACGCUGACCCGCGUGCUCAGCCUCAGGCUCCUGCAGGGCGCGCGGCCAGAGCUCAGGUUCGAGGACUCGACGCAGACUGGGCAGGCGCACACGUCCUCCGAGGACUCGUCCAUGUCGCCCAAGAACAACGGCGCGGUCUACGAGGGCGAGUCUGAUGCCGACACGAAGGCUGGGGGCGGGGACGGCGAAGCGGACGAGAAGCCGGAGCCCAGCUGGCUGAAGCGCCUGCAGAGGCGGUGGCAGCAGGAGAGCGGCGAGGAGUCGCCCAAGCUGACCGCUCCCGAAGACGCGUCUGCCGCCGAAACGCCUGCCGCCGCGCCCGAGCCGCCGCAGAGGGGGACGCGCAAGCGGAAGAGCCAGCACCCCACGCGCUGCGCCGCCGUCGCCGGCGAAAGGCCCGCCAAACUCUUCGCCUCGGACUCGCUCUCCUCGGAGGACGACUGCCACCUGUAGCCGCCUCUGCCAGUGAAACUCUGCAACUCUGUUCAGAAUAACUUCAGGGCUGACACUUCCGCAGGAGCACGCAUAGGCGCGGGACAGAGAUACCACAUCGCGCACGGAGCACGUUGCAGUCUCGUGUUUGAUUUAGACUGGUCGAACUCGCGAGCUGGCACCAAUGCGUCCUGACCGAGUGAGGUGGCGCAGUGGUUAUCACACUGGACUGGUAUUCGGGAGGACGACAGUUCAAACACGCGUGUGGCCAUCCUGAUUCAGGUUUUCCGUAAUUUCCCUAAAUUGCUUCAGGCAACUUUUGGGAUGGUGCCUUUGAAAGUGCACAUCCAACUUCCUUUCAAUCCCUCCAUAAUCCGAUGGGACUGAUGACCUCGCUGUUUUAAGUGGCCGUGCGGUUAAAGGCGCUGCAGUCUGGAACCGCGAGACCGCUACGGUCGCAGGUUCGAAUCCUGCCUCGGGCAUGGAUGUUUGUGAUGUCCUUAGGUUAGUUAGGUUUAACUAGUUCUAAGUUCUAGGGGACUAAUGACCUGAGCAGUUGAGUCCCAUAGUGCUCAGAGCCAUUUGAACCAUUUUUGAACCUCGCUGUUUGGUCCUCUCCCAGAAAUCAACCAGCCAACCAUCAAUAUGUCCUCCAGUGUUGUCAUCUCAAUUUUACUUGCUACAGCGAAUUUUUAAAAUUCUAUGCAGUCAAUUUUACUGAGACGUACUGACUCCUACGUUUAUCACAUGCCUGCGGUACAGGCAGGAUGAACCCCAUUUGUCCCGCUGCUGAGCUGCUGUUCCAAUAUCGGAGAGUCUCGGCAAUACUGGUGCGAGUUUAGAAGGAGAACAACAAUGGCUUGAGGAGUGAACUGGAAUUUGUAUCAGGGAAGGAGACGCAUAGGGUAGUUCAUGCAGGUGUGGAAGUUGGAGUGCCAGCGAUGGAUAGCGCAUCUGUCUAGAAAGCGGAAGACCUGGGUUCAAAUCCCAGUCCAGGUACAAAUUUUAACUCGUCGCUACUGCCUACAUCAUUAAUGUAAACUUUUAAAACGAUGUUGGGAAGUUCACGAAAACGUAUUUCCUCACCAUGUAACCGAAUUUUCGACAAGCGAAAAAUUUUGUUGUUGUUGAAGUUAGGUGGACACACCAUUUGUUGACACAGCUGUCCACUUUAGUCUAUCUCGUGCACGCCUCUUCAUCUCUUCUACAUAACCACUGCAUCUACAUCCAUUUAAACCUUCUUAGUGCAGUAAACGCUUGCUUUUCCUCAUCAAUUUUUACCUCUGACAUUCCCUCCAUUACCGAAAUGAUGACUCACUGAUGCCUCAGUAGAUAUCCUAUCAGAUGACCCUUCUUUUAGUGAAGCUGCAUACAUUUUCUCCCGAUUGUACUCAUGCGUCGCCAUUCGUUAUUCGCUUUAUCAGUAUACAGCAUUCUUCAGUAACGCCACAUUAAAAAACCCAUUCUCUUCUUGUCUCAAGUGCUAAUCGUGUACAUUUUACCUUCGUUCCUUGCUACACUUUCCUCUUUUUUUUCAGAAAUUCUUUUCUUACUGUAGCCAAUCUGUAUUUGAUGUUCUCUCUGUUUCAACCAUUAUCACUAAUUUUGCUGACAAGAUAGCAUAACUUGUAUAGCCUCAUUUCAUAAUUUAAUUCUCAUAGUUCCACCUUAUUUCGUUCGUCUAUAUUCUGUUACCUUUGUUUCAGUAUUUUAUACCCAUUUUAUAAUACCUUUUGAAGACACAUUCCAUUCCGGUUCAAUUGAUCUUCGAAGACCUUAGCGUCUCUGCCAAAAUUACAAUGUCACUGUCAAGCAUCAAAGUAUUAAUUUAUUCUCGAAGGCUCAAAUUGCCUUUACACAUUUGUCCUUGCUUUACCUUACAGCUCUGAUGGUGUACAGAUGGAAUAACAUCGGAAACAGCUAACAAUCUUCUCCAACUCCCUUCUCAAGUAUUACUUCCUUUUCAUGUUCUUUGAAUCACAACUAUAGUCCAAUUUCUGUACAUGUUGUAGUUAACCUUUCCCUCUCUGUGUUUUACGUGUGAUAAGGGUACCAAAUUUUCGACAAGCAAGGCACUUUUUUUGUUAUUGAAGAUAAGUGAACAAAUUACACUAACGAAAACCUCAAGAUAGAUCGCAUUUUCAUGUGCUCCAAAUCCAACAGCGUCAAUGAUUGCCAACAAGAAGUAAUUUGAAUUAAAUGUUAAGCAUGAUGCUCCACUUGCUCAUCAAGUGCUAUCUGAUCACUUGUUUUGGUUUCAUUAUGGGAUAUUGAUCAAUACUUGAGUAAGUAACAUGUUAUUAUUAUGCAAAAAACAACAGUAAUAACUCCUCCAACAGUAAUAAUUCCAUAGAAGAACAAACUGCCUGAACAUUCGCAUAGUGCAAAUGGGAAUUACUUUAUUUGAGGGGGAGUGAGGCUGUGGAUGAACGUUUUGCAACCAGGAUUUGUUGCCGCGGCUACAGGACUCGUGGUUUUGGCCUUGUCUCCUGUAUGGGUCUCAACCCACUAUUUCCUUCGUAGGUGUCACUCCUAAAGGAAUUCUGAACAGAGUAUUGACUCCCGCAGAGCUCCAGAGCCGUAUACCACACAAACCGCUGCCACCGAGUGGCAGUACAAACCAAGAACAACUGUCGGGUCUUGGCCUGCAUGUAAUUCUCAUCGUAUGUGUAAUGUGCCGCAUCUCUUGCCUAUUGCUCUGUCGAGCACACUUAGUAUUAACGUAAAGUUCCUGUAUUUCAAUCUCGCUCAGCAGAUAAAACCAUAUUUUUCUAUUUGGCAGUCUUCUAAAAUUGCAUUUCAGCAUAUGAAUUUGUACAAAUGUAACUGUAAAUUUUAUGGUUCUUUAUAGCAUGAUGUAUCCUAAGUCUCAUGAAUUAAACUGGUUGCGAAAAUUUAUAUGCAACGUCAUAUUUUAGCGAUUGUGCAGUGGCUGUAGCCAUUUGUAGAAAUAUUUCUCUUUUUACUAUGUUAGACCAUGACGAGACUGACGUUUAGAGGAUGAUGUACAAAUACCUGCCUACAUUAAUGUCAAUUUAAAAUGGCCUCAAGUAGGACUAUAAGGAACCAAUUGUUCAGUCCAGUAGUAUGUCCAUGGUGUGAUGACCGUGAUUUGUAUAUGUGUACCACAAAUAUAAAAUUGUAAUUUUUGUAUCAAUAUUAAAACUUAGA